AUGGUGAAACAGGUGAUGGGAACUACACUGAUCUUUCUGCAUCACAAUGGUCAUUGGAUUGAUUUGCAGAUAUACACUGACUAUGACGUAUGCGGUAUUGUAGUCAAUAAUGACUGUAGUUUCAGUGUAUUAUGUGACAUUAUUGCGGAUAAAUUGAAGAUCAACUUAGCAGAUAAAAAUUUGAUCAUCAAGUACCAAGUCAAAGAGGCAUAUCCAUCAGUGGAAAUUGAGACGGACAGUAGCUUAAAAUUUUAUCUGGAACUGAAGCAAAGAGAACCUGAUUUUACAAAGUUCCCGUUAUGCAUAACCAUCACGCGAAAGGAAGUCUCAAAUUUUGCUGUAAUGGAACAUGAGCAUAAUUGUCACGUGCAGCCAUUGAGUUUCAUGAAACCUGGAUUCAAAUUUGGAUCAAAUAAAUGUAAAGAAAAAAUCCUUGACUUUGCACAGUCUGCAACUAAUGUAAUGUUAGCGCAAGCCGAACACACCGCAGCCCAGCUUGAAAAUUCUACAAAAAGUGGUUGUGUAGGCAUUUCGGUUCCAGUGAUAAAGUGCUCUGCAUAUGAUGCCACAAACAACCCGGAAUCGCUGAACAAACACGACAAAUAUAAGAUUUGA